AUGACGGCAUCCGUAGUCGCAAGUGUCACUGCGGCCGAGGAGGUGGGUUGUACCGGUCCGGUGACCCAGGACGGCGCUAUGAAAGGCGUAGAAGCCACACCAGAAGAACAAGAACGGUUAGCAACAGGAAACAAUAAUGGAUCUCUUGAUUGCAAAUUACCAACACCACAAGAAACGGAGCCGCGAACGGCGUUUCAUUCUACGAGAGUUUUCAUGUUGGUUUUUCUAUCGGGAUGGGUCCUACAAGGAAUGUUCCUCACGUACUUCGUCAGCGUGACGACGACAAUUGAAAAGUUAUUUAAAGUAGAAUCGAAGACGACCGGGACGUUGCUCGCGGCGACGGAAAUCGGACAAAUCUGCACGGCAUUGUUUCUGACUUAUUUGGCCGGACGCGGUCACAGACCGAGGUGGAUAGCGUCGAUGAUGCUCGUGCUGGCGGUCGGAGUGAUCGGUUGUGUGUUGCCGCACGCGCUGUACGGGACGCGGUUGAUGGACGUACACUUGGACUCGCACAGCGCCGGCGCGGCACCCGUGUGCUCCUUGGAAGGAAACUCGACGUCGAUCGCAUGCGACGCCGCUCACGCUAAGGGCCGGGCCACGCGAUCGUCUAUCACCGCCGUGGUGAUACCGUGGCUGUUCAUCUGCCUCCUCGUCGUCGGCGUGGGACAGACCGGUAUCGCCACUCUCGGCAUACCGUAUGUCGACGACAACGUGGGCAGCAGACAAUCGCCAUUAUAUAUGGCUAUUACAAUUGGCACGAGAGUGAUUGGACCAGCUCUUGGAUUCCUCCUCGGUGCGCUUUGUACCAGAGUGUACGUGGACCCCCUCGUUGACCCUGGAUACGAAUACAGCGAUCCAAGAUGGGUUGGAGCGUGGUGGCUCGGAAUGGUGUUCAUAGCCGGGUUUAUCGUGCUGCUGUCGGCGCUGAUGUUCUUCUUUCCGCGACAAAUCAAACAGAGUCCGAUGCCGCCGCCACCUAAGAAGACUAAAGAGAAGAAGGAACCGCUCUUUAAAGAUUUCUUCGCGACAAUCAAACGCCAACUGACCAACGACAUUUUGAUGUGGAGGACAGCGUCAUCGGUACUACAUCUCAUGCCCAUAAGCGGGGUGUACUCCUUUCUACCCAAGUACCUAGAAAAGCAGUUUCGACUGCCGACGCACGACGCCAACCUUGUCUCGGGUUUGGGUGGUAUAUUGGUGAUGGGUUUGGGGAUCAUAACUUCAGGCGUUGUGAUACUAAAGUUGGUCCCCACGGCGAGACAAGUCGCAGCUUGGACGGCUAUUACAGCCGCUAUUUACAGUGCCGGUAUGGUAAUGUUGAUGUUUGUCAGCUGUCCUGCGGAAACAUUCCGCGCUAUAACACCGGCAGACGUCGCAAACCUUUCCUGUAGCUCGUCUUGUCACUGUUACGGUGCCCCGUACUCGCCAGUGUGCGGGCAGGACUCGUACACGUAUCAAUCACCGUGUCAGGCCGGCUGUGUGAGUAGUGAGCAGCUUGACAACAGUACUUGGCUGUACUACAACUGCUCUUGCGUUGAUGGCAGUUCGAAGGGAGACAAGGCUAUUAAAACGCUGGAGCGCUACUCGCGGAAGGCGCCCGCACAGUUCGCGGUGAGCGGCGAGUGCAGCGGCGCGUGCAGCCAGAUCUACACGUUCGUGGCCGUGUUCGCGGCGCUCAUGUUCGUGCACGCCACGGGCGAGGUGGGCGCCGUGCUGCUCAUCAUCCGCUGCACCGACAAGCACGACAAGGCGAUGGCGAUGGGCGUGAUCCAGUUCGCGAUCGGCGUGUUCGGCAACGUGCCGUGCCCCAUCGUGUUCGGCGCGGCGGUGGACGCGGCGUGCCGCCUGCGCGACGCGGCGUGCGGCGUGCUGGGCGCCUGCGCCUCGUACGACGCCGACCGCCUGCGCCACUUCUACCUCGGGCUGUCAGCCGCGCUGAUGUUCCUCGCGUUUAUAAUGGACAUCCUGGUGUGGAGCCGCGCCGGCCGCAUUGACAUGAACCCCGCCGAGCGACCCCCCGACCGGGACCCACUGCCCAACGACACGCCGCUCUGAUGCACGCCUGCUCCACAAUCACCCUUUCCAUCAUCACCGCUAUCGCCCCCGCCAUCACCUCCGCCAUCACCUCCACCAUCACCACUACCAUCACCACAACCAUCACUUCCACUCUCACACCUACGUUCAUCAACAAGGACACUCUCAACAUUCAUCGACCGCACAUCCGAGUUCAAAUCCAAUCGGUAUGAAAUGUUGUAAGACUAUAAUUACAUAUAUACUGUAGUGGGUGCCAUAGAUCCUUUGUGUUGUAAGUGGCGAUUUUGAUUAUUCAACAUAAGUAUAGUAGGAAUUUCCCAGUGCGUCGCUAUUGAAUGUAUUGUAUUGUUAGACCUUUAAAGACAUGUCAAACGAAUUUAUUACUGUUCGUCAUGUUUUUAAUUAAUUAAAAUUAAUAAAUGAAUGCAGUUUUUGCAUUGACUUUAGCAAUCCAACAAAUAUAUCGGGGGGUAAUUUUCAUAUCAUUUUUACAUUUGAAAAAAUUUUCAGAUGCUAGUGCUGAGGAUUGAAAUAGAUUGAUUUUCUUCCAAACCAAGCCUUGUAUAAUGUAUAUUAGUAAAAAAAUAUUUUUAUUUUCGUCACUUUAAAAACAGCCCAUCACAAACGAGUUACUUUUAAGUAUUGUUGUAGGUGGAAUUAUGAAAAAUCAAUUAGAUUCGUAUCUAAUAUAAUCUCCUGAUAUACUCGUAUAGUCAAAGGGAUUUAGAAUGUUAAUAUAUUGAUGCUCUCAUGAAAGUCUUUGUUGAAGUAACAAAAAUAUAAUUAUAAUUAAAGUUUACUAAAAAUGCUAUUGCGUUCUAACGAAAUUUACGAAUAACGCAUUCAACUUAUUUGUUUGGUGUAUAUGUGAAUUUUUUUAUAAAUAAACAUUAAUUGCUUAGAAAAAUGUAUGUUGUCGGUGUUAAUAUAAAUUUGUCAUAAUAAUUAAAAUAUUGUAUGCUUGAUGUUAAGAUACUUUUAAUUGUUACUAUUUCUAUAAUUUUCAAAUCACAAUUUUUACUGAUACUUUUUUACUGUUAAUAACGACUGAACAAUGAAAUAUACUAUAAUUGCAUUUUAUUAUUUAUACAAUUUU